UUUCCUUUCAUUCUCCCUUUAACUCCUCUCCACCCGCCUUGAACAGUUCCUUCGGUCAAGACGACUCCUACGUUUCCUUUUUUAAUGACCUCUGCUUCUCUUUCAUGACCAUUUCUUACUACCAUCCCCAUCGAUAUCACAGCACCGCUCUGUUACUCUAUUCUUCUAUUCUAUCUCUGUAACCUAUCCUCAUUCUCUUUCGUCCAUGGAUCCAAUUAUCACUUCAAUGUCCUCUACCAUCGAUACCCACACCGAUAUCCAUGACCAGCAGGACCAUCGCUUGCCUACUGCCACUGCCACAUACCACUACAAAAAGAUCAACAUCCCUCUCGCCUACCCCUCCGAAGCCCUCAGGGAGCAAUCCAUCGCCCCCAAAGCAUACAUCUACCCUCCACUCAUGUCCCCCUCCGACGAGUUCUUUAGCCCGAAACAAACCACCGCGACCUCUCCUACAACACCACAGCCGAUUAAUAUCCCACAGGGACAAAACCGUACUGAAAGAGGUCUGGGGCGAAGAAACAGUUUGCCGGUGAGAUCGAGUGUAGCGACGAAAUCAGAAUCCCUGCCGACGCUGUCGGAGAUCUCUUCCUUGCCCUCACCGCCGUCGUCGCCAUGGAAGCGGUCGAAUAGUUUCGCGAAGUCAAGACAGAAUCGAGCGGCGACCUUGAUUGUUGAUGAGACUCCGUACCCGGAUCUGCCAACGGAUGUGAGGUCGUGGACGAGUGGACAUGUAGCCGAGUACCUUGGGUAUAGUCUGAGGCUGUAUCCACGCGCCAUUACCGAGGAUCUGGGGAGAUAUGUUCGGCGGACUGCACACUUGACGGGCGCCCAGUUCAUUGAUCUUCGUGAGGAGGAUCUUGAGAGGAUGCAGAUCAAUCUGAAGUGGAGGUCGAUGAUCAUGAAGGCUGUGGAGAUGCUGCGACGCCAGACACUUCGCGCCAGUCGCGUCGAUGAGCUGAACUGGCAGGAUGGGUACGACCCCGAGAAGGAUGGAUCCUUGCCCAGUCCGAGUGUGCAUUCCUCAGACGAAGAUCAUCCCUCGUCGGUUCAUCACUCUCCAUCCGCCACCACCGAGUCGGAAGCCACACACGUCCAAGAACACACCACGACCAGUACAAGUACAAGCAUCAGUAUGGACAAGCAAGUUGCUUCCCACGAGCACCAGGAGAUCGACGUGCAAGAGCUGCGACGUGGGAUUGUCGAGGACAUCACCAGCGUGCUGCUCUCCUGGAAGAAGGACCAAGAAGCCCUGGCCAAGAAGAAGGUCGAAUCUUCUUCCCACACUCUCGGCUUUACCGAGGGUGUGGUCAUCGGAGGCCUCAUCGUCGCCUUCAUGAUGAAGUUCUCUCGAUAGUAGUCCUCUUUCUUUCCACGCACAUGCAGUAUAUGUAAA